AAGGCAAUUUAUGACAUCAGCUAGAUACAACAACAACCUCAAUCUGGGAAUUUCAUCCAAAAAUCAGUAAAUCCCCAAUUCCAUAAUUUCUCUCUCCUCGUGAUAUUUGAGAAUGGCGAUUGACGACUCCAAAAACAAGGUGGACAAUGACCAACAAGAACAAGAAGGAGAAGAUUAUGCUACCCAAUCAACAUUGCAAUUCUUCCAAGGUCUAGGCAUCUCGCUCAAACUCCCGCAAAUCUCCACCAAUCACGAUUUUCUAUCAGAAUUAGUUGUCAGCCUUCUCAAAGUUGAUUCCAUUUCCAGAGGCCACGUCACUUGCUCCUUUUCUGUUCUUCCUCCUGUUGCCAACUACUACAAGGGGUUGCAUGGAGGAGCAGUGGCAAUUAUUGCUGAAAGGCUAGCCACAGCGUGUGCUCGAACCAUAGUAGGAGAGGAGAAGCCGCUGUUUCUUGUUGAGUUGAGCAUCUCCUAUCUUUCUUCUGCUUCAAUAAAUGCCGAGUUGAUUGCUAAUGCAUCAGUAGUGCGGAGUGGGAGAAACUUAACCGUAGUAUCAAUUGAAAUCAGACUAAAAGAGACGAAGAAGCUGCUUUACACUGCUCAAGCUACUCUCCAUCACCUCCCUUCAGCAAAAUUAUGAUAUAAAUAUCUGUAGUCAUACUCUAAUAUUAUGUAGUACUUGUAACUUUAAAGAGUUGAAAUGUAUAUCGAGGAAAUAUUGCAACUUUUAAUUUACA